AUGUCCUAUCCCGACGGUUACAACGGCCAGCAAGUCUGCCCGUACACCGAGGGUGUGCAGUUCCUCCAAGUACUCGGCAUGCAAGACAACAACUGGUUCAAGUGGAUCGACCUCGUCGUCGUCGUAGCCUACGCCAUCCUCUACUCUGGUCUCAUGUACUUCUUCCUCAGCACCGUCCACUACGACUCGCGUCUAGCCGACCCCGCCUCGGAGAAGCGUAACAACAAGCGUGCCAAAAAGGCUCAAAAGGCAGUUGCAUCGCCAGACAAGUCCGCCAGCAUCCAAAUCACCGGAACUAGUCGCUCACUCUCCGAGUCUAACCUCGGCGCAUCAUCGGCCAAAAAGGACGUGCCAAUCGGCUGCUAUGUGCAGUGGAAGGACCUGUGCUACGACGUCGAUGUCAAAAAGGACGGCAAGAAGCAGAAACUACGUCUACUCAAGGAAAUCAACGGGUAUGUCAAGCCGGGCAUGUUGCUCGCACUCAUGGGUCCAUCUGGCGCCGGUAAAAGCACUUUGCUCGACGUGUUGGCCAACCGCAAGACAGGCGGCUACACCAAGGGCCAGAUCCUGAUCAACGGUGCCGAGCGCACACGCUACUUUACGCGUAUCAGUGCCUAUGUCGAGCAACUCGACAUUCUGCCACCCACACAGACCGUCCGCGAGUCUGUCCAGUUCUCGGCCAAGUCGCGUCUCCCCCAAACCAUGCCCAUGGAAGAAAAGAUGGCGUUUGUUGAAAACAUCCUCCAAACACUCAACCUCGUCAAGAUUUCCAACCGUCUCAUUGGCGAGGGUGUCGACGCACUCUCACUCUCACAACGCAAGCGUGUCAACAUUGCCAUCGAGUUGGCAUCCGACCCCCAACUACUCUUCCUCGACGAGCCAACCAGUGGGCUCGAUUCAUCCAGUGCGCUCAAGGUCAUGAACCUCAUCAAAAAGAUUGCCAGUUCUGGGCGUUCCAUCAUCUGCACGAUCCAUCAACCGUCAACCUCUAUCUUUAAGAAAUUCGACCAUCUCUUGCUCCUCAAAAAGGGUGGUGAGACUGUGUACUUUGGACCAACCGGCGAGAACAGUUCAGUCGUGCUCGACUACUUUGCCAAGCGCGGACUUGUCUGCGACCCACUCAAAAACCCAGCCGACUUUAUCCUCGAUGUCACCGACGAAGCGGUUGACAUGGGUAACGGCAACGUCUUCCAUCCGGUCCGUGCCUACGAAGAGUCUGAGCUAAACGCCAGUCUCAAGGCGACGAUCGACGCUGGUAUCAUGCCAACUGGCACACGUGUCCCAACCUUCCACGGAGUCUACUCCUCUUCAAUGGCUACUCAAACCAUCGAGUUGUUGAAGCGUGGUUGGUACGCCCAAGUCCGUCGUAUUCAAAAUCUCCGUACACGUAUGAUUCGUUCAGUAUUCCUCGGCGCCGUUUUUGGCACACUCUUCCUCCAACUCGGUAAUGAACAAGAGGACAUUUACUCUAGAACAUCUCUCAUCUUUUUCUCGCUUGUCUUUGGUGGUAUGUCGGCGACGGCCGCUAUCCCCCUCAUCGCCACCGAACGUGGUGUAUUCUACCGUGAACAGUCUUCAGGCAUGUACCGUAUCUGGAUCUACAUGCUCACCUUUAUCAUUGCCGAUGUGCCAUUCAUCUUCCUCUCUGCUCUCGCCUACACCAUCCCCGCCUACUUUAUCGCCGGUCUCAAGCUCUCUCCUCACGGUCAACCAUUCUUCUUUAACGUUCUCAUUACCUUUAUUGUAUAUUUCUGUUUCCAAAUGAUUGCUAUGUUAUUUGCCUGUAUUUUCCCAACUGUCGAGUUGGCAUCAGCAUUAAUUGGAGUUAUUUUAUCACUUACAGCAUUAUUUGCUGGUUUCAUUAUUCCAUCUGUUUCAAUGCCAGAGGCAUGGAAAUGGGCGCAUCAUAUCGAUUUCAUUACCUAUUCUCUAGAGUCUGCAUUGGUCAAUGAAUUCCAAGACCUUCCAUUCGAAUGUACAGACAAUAAGGGAGCUGUCCCAGUUCCAGUCGAUGCUCAAGGUAACAUUAAAUGGUUCUGUCCAGUUCCCAACGGCAAUGUCGUACUUGACCGUGUCGAAUACAAGAUCGAAGACAAGUUCUCCAACAUUGGUAUUCAAUUUGCAUUUGGUGUUUUCUUUAUGAUCCUUAUUUAUAUUGCUUUAAGAUUUAUUAGACAUCAAUUAUUAUCAUACUUUGUAUCAAUACCAACAAUCUACAGUUAUUGGUCAUUGGAAGGAAAGAAAGAUGUCGAUUGGAUACACCAUCAUAUAGGAAUAUUUGGUGUCUAUAUAUUUAGUGCAUCCGUAUUGUACUAUGUUGGAUUCUUUAUAUUAUGGUUACUUUGUUUUACCUCGAAAUUACAAGGUGCGUCGACCAAUGGAUACACUAAUCUAAUCAACGCAUCAACAACCAAACAAUCAGCUGGUAUUAUUGGAAAGAUAUUGGCAAAUUUGGAUCGAGUGGUGAUGAUUGUCUUGUCGACACUUUGCCUCUGUUUGACACUUGCACAAAUGUUUAGUGAUACUGGCGCAACGCUUGAACAUCACGGACAAUAUAAUUUAAUUAUCUUGUUUGGCAUUUUAUUAUUAUUUUUCACAUUAAAAAAGAUAUGUAUUGGAUUAGUAAUAUUUAAUGUAUUAUUUUUGGCUGCAUUCCAAGUACAACGACGUGUGUAUAUACGUGAGUGGCCAGUUGGUUUGGAUGGUCGUAAAUUAAUGUUUUACAAAGUAUUUGGUCGGCUCGCAGGAAUGCCCCAAGCUCAAGACGAUUGCCUAUGUUACGACGGAUAA